AACGCGUUAACGUCUACUUGUUCUUCACUUCACAACAGUACACUUUAACCCUUCUCAACCUUCAUAGAUAUCUAGUGACUCGACAUGGAUGAAGAAUAUGAUGUUAUAGUCUUGGGCACUGGUUUGACCGAGUGUAUCCUGUCAGGCUUAUUAUCCGUGGAGGGCAAGAAGGUCCUUCACAUGGACAGGAAUGAUUACUAUGGCGGCGACAGUGCCAGUCUAAACUUGACCCAAUUGUAUCGCAAGUUCAGACCAGAUCAAGCACCUCCUGCAGAACUUGGCCGUGACCGCGAUUAUGCAGUUGAUCUGAUCCCCAAGUUCAUCAUUGCCUCUGGUGAGCUCACGAAGAUCCUGGUUCACACCGACGUCACGCGGUACCUGGAUUUCAAGCAGAUCGCGGGCAGCUUCGUGUACCGCGAUGGCAGAAUAUCCAAGGUUCCAAGUACCGAAAUGGAAGCUGUUAAAAGUCCAUUGAUGGGUUUGUUUGAGAAACGUAGAGCGAAGAAAUUCUUCGAAUUUCUACAGGGAUGGAGGGACGAAGACCCAGCUACCCACCAAGGCAUCAACCUUGACAAAGAUAGUAUGAAGACCGUGUACGAGAAGUUUGGUUUGGAACCCGGUACCCAGGACUUCAUUGGACACGCUAUGGCCCUUUAUCUCGAUGACGAUUAUAUCACAAAACCUGCUCGCGAAACCUACUCUCGUGUUGUGCUGUACACUUCUUCCAUGGCACGCUAUGGUAAAUCGCCUUACAUCUACCCACUCUAUGGUCUCGGUGAACUGCCUCAGUCUUUCGCUCGACUCUCUGCGAUAUACGGCGGGACAUAUAUGCUGGACAAGGCUAUCGAUGAAAUCAUCACCGACUCCGAUGGUAACUUCGUUGGAGUAAGGAGUGGCAGUGAGACCGUCAAGGCUAAGCAAGUCAUCGGUGACCCAAGCUAUUUCGGUGCUGGCAAAGAAUCUGAAGGAGGGAAGAUCAGAGUAGUAGAGGAUGGGAAAGUAGUCAGGGCGAUCUGUAUCCUGAAACACCCGAUCCCGGGCACAGAUGACAGCGACAGUGUUCAGAUCAUCAUACCUCAAAACCAAGUUAAUCGUCGUAAUGAUAUUUACAUCGCAAUGGUGUCCUCGACGCAUAAUGUCUGCGCGAAGGACGUAUAUGUUGCUAUCGUCAGUACCAUCGUAGAAACGGAUAAACCUGAACUUGAAAUCGCCCCUGGUCUUCAAUUGCUGGGACCUAUAUAUGACAAAUUUGUGUCAGUAAGCCCUCUCUACACCCCUGUCUCUUCGGGAGAGAGGGACAACAUCUUCAUCACUCGUUCUUACGAUGCUACCUCGCACUUCGAGACUGUGGUUGAGGAGGUACAGGACGUGUGGCAGCGUGUUACAGGCGAAGAGCUGAAAUUGAAGAAGCGAGAAGAGGCCAGCGCUGAUAAAUAGGUUAGAUGCAUAAACUCAUUUCUUCAGGUUCAGUAUGUGUACGUUUCUUAAGACGAGUAUCAACAAAUUCUGUACAUCUAUUCUAGUCCUUUGUUCGGUCAAAAA